CUUUCCUCAGAUGCCGGGAAAGUGCAUGUAGACGCAUUAAGUUGCACAUGCAAGGGGUUUGCAAUCACAAGUCUGCCUUUUUGUUCCAGAUUGUCCACUACAAAUCCCUAGGAUUAAAGGUUUUGCCAAAUAAUGUUUCCAAAACAUCAUUACCUCAAACUUGGCACAAGCCAAGAACGAAAGAUAUAAAUCCUGAGCCAAUUUCUUCUCUGCAGAUUCAAAAGCCUGUGAAAUUUGCAAAGAAGAAACUUCAGUCAAAUGGAGAUAAAAUUGAAGACAAGAGGACAAAAGAAAGAGACAACUCCAUAUGCAUUGAGCCCACUGUGUAUAACCCUUUGCAAGAUGAAGAUUAUUCUGCAAAAAAAUUUAUUGCAGACUUUAAAAAAUCCUUUGCAAGUGGCCCAAAAACACAGUUUUCCUACAUUCUGGAUGCAGAUCAGGAAGAUAACCUAGUUUCAUCUUCUUAUGGAAUGCUACCCAAAGGCUCAGUUAUCAGUUACCAUUUUCCACUGAAGGAAGUUGACAACUUUUGCAAGCUUAAAGAUACACCUACCUUCCCAGCCAUUCCGUUGUAUUCUCUAAGUAGAGUCUACUCGACUGUGUUUGACAGAAAUAGCAUAGAAAUUUUUGAAAAGAACAUUGUGACCGAAGAGGAAGCUAUUUCAAUUGAAAAUGAGACCAGAGAGCAAUCAGUUACUCCUUUAUGGCAUGAAAUGAGAUGCAGUAGAAUAACAUCAACUAAGUUCAAACGGAUUGUUUCACGUCGUGAUAAUUUUGCAAAACUUGCUUUGGAUUUAGUAAGUACAAAAAAUAUACAAACAGCUGCGAUGAGAAGAGGCAUUGCUUGUGAGAGAAAAUGGCUGCUUCUGCAUAUGAAUAACAGGGGAGUCAAUCUCUACAGAGCUGGUUUUUGUAUAAACUGGGGAAUACCAUACUUAGGGACUUCACCUCAUUAUAAAGUAUAUGAUCCAGCUGAAGACCCAUGUUUCGGUCUUCUUGAAAUAAAGUGCCCUGAUAAACAAACAAUCACAGAAGUACCAUACCUGAAAAAAAAGGAUGGCAAGAUACACCUCAAUGAUUGUCAUGAGUACUACUACCAAGUAAUUGGUCAGCUUGGGAUAACGGGCCUGAAGUGGUGUGAUUUUAUGGUUGGUGCCCAGAAGACCACUUUGUUGAAAGAAUUCACUUUGAUGAAACAACUUUUUUAA